AUGAAGAGGGCUCUUGUCAGUCUCGACAACGUCGAUCGCGUGGACCAAAUUGAUGAACUGUUAGACCAGCAGCAUGCAUUUGCUGCAGGAAGCAAGAUCAUAGUCACAACAAGGUGUGAGGACGCUCUGAUUACGAAAGGAAUAGAGAACCAUACAAUCUAUAAGCCAAAAGGAUUGGACAAUGACCAAUCUUUUAAACUGUUGAGCCAUCAUGCUUUCCUCAGUGAACAACCAAUGGAAAGGUUUCAGGUUUGUGGGUUAUCUGAGCAAGAUGUGCAAGUUACUGGUGGAGGCGCUUUGAGGUAUUUGGUUCUCUGUUUUAUGACAAAAGAACUGAAGAAGAAUGGGAAGAAAUGCUGGUCAGGUUGGUGUCGGCUCAAGGUGAAGAUAUUCCAGGGAUUCAGCACGAGCGCGUCCAAGAACGACUCGGAAUAG